CUCCACCUUCUUGAGCUCGCCAUCGCCCUAGGGUAUUGCGAUAACAGUAGACCUUUUCCUCUCAAUCUUGUUGACUGUCUCUCAUACUUGCCAGAUCUUAUCAAUCGCAUGUUCUUCCGCCGUCUCGUCCAACCUCUACGAACUGUCCACUCCCUCGUUUCCAAGACACGUCCAAACCUCGUCCCGUACCCCGCAUCCCACGUAUACCAACUCCGCACAAUGGCUACAGCAAUGGGCAAACGCCUUGAAGGCAAGACAGUCGUCAUUACCGGUGCCUCUUCAGGCAUUGGAAAGAGCACCGCUCUCGAAUUCGCACGCACCAGUCCCAAGAACCUGAAGCUUGUUGUUACUGCACGCCGCUUGGAAGCCCUGCAGCAAUUGAAAGAGGAUAUCAACAAAGAAGUUGGUGAUGGUGUCAAGGUCUUGCCUGUCAAGCUUGAUGUCAGCAACCCAGAAGAAGUCAAGAACUUUGUUGGAAACUUGCCAGAGGAGUUUAGGGAUAUUAAUGUUUUGGUGAACAAUGCUGGUCUGGUUAAGGGUGUUGCCAAAGCCCCUUCAAUCGCUGAACAAGACAUGAACAUCAUGUUUGCAACAAACGUCACAGGCCUCAUCAACAUGACCCAAGCCGUCCUGCCCAUCUUCCUCGCCCGCACUGAAGGUUCCUCAGGCCUCUCCGGCGCCGGCGACAUCAUCAAUGUCGGCAGCAUCGCAGGCCGCGAACCCUACCCUGGCGGCAGCAUCUACUGUGCCACCAAAGCCGCUGUCCGCUCCUUCACAGAAUCUCUGCGUAAAGAGUUGAUUUCGACUCGUGUUAGAGUCAUUGAGAUCGAUCCUGGACAGGUCGAGACUGAGUUCUCGGUUGUGAGAUUUUACGGCGAUAAGAAGGCUGCUGAUAAAGUGUAUGAAGGUUGUGAACCUUUGACACCAGAGGAUAUUGCAGAGGUUGUUGUGUUCGCAGCUGGUAGGAGGGAGAAUGUUGUGGUUGCUGAUACCUUGAUUUAUCCCAACCAUCAGGCCGCUGCUACGGUCAUGCACAGAAAGACUUAA